AUGGUGACGCCACCGCGACACCCCCUCGUCGGCGCACGCGCGCAGCCGAAGCUGCACGCAGCACCGUCGAGCGGCACCGCCCACUCUCUGGCUCUCCCCCGCCAGGUCGCUCCCACUUCGGAGAUUCGGCGAGGGGCUCCACCGCCAGCUUCACUUCCCCCCAGAUCAGUUGCGGUAGGGUCUAGUGGAUGCAGUGGGUUCUCCGGCGUUGGUGUGGUGGGUGACGCCGACCUCUCCUCCUCACUAGUCUGGACCAACGUCUGCUCCUGCAUCCAGCACUCUUCGUCGCCGGCGCUCGCCUCCAGGAUCCGCGGCCCUGGCACUCGUCUUCAAGAUCCGCGGCGCUUGCGCGGUGGGCGGCGCUCCUCUACUCUGCAGUCUGCACUGGGGAGCCGGUGUCAGUGCAGUAAAAUGCCCAGCACAUGUGAGAUCAACUCCAAGCUUUCCAGCGUAGACUACAGGGUGGAGCAAGCCUGCAUUUGUGUUGAUGGGAUGAUCGCUGGUCAGAUUAUUUUCAAGGUGCAGAUUAUUCUACUACUUGCUGAAAAUCAGCUGAAAGAGAUUGAGUUAGAUGAUAGGAACAAUGAAUUUAUAGUCUUCUACAGAGGGAAGGAUUUCCUGUCCUCAGAACUUGCAGAGGUGCUCUUGUUGGUGGCCAGAUCCAUUGAGCUUCAGAGACAUCAGGUCCAGAUGGAAGACGUGAAGGACCAAGGAGACGAGGAGCUGUACGCCAAACUGGAUGCCGCGUAUUCGAGCGACGAGGAAGACAUGGAGCCUUUGAAAACAACUGGCAUGGAAGCUAUGCAGUGGCAGAUCUAUGUAUAA